UCCUCCCUACCUCCAGGUGCUGCGGUUCGGCAGCGCUCUCCUGUCUGUAGUAUACACUUUCAGUCUAAGGAGACAUGGCGCUGGAUUGGUUUCACUCCUGGAAAUAGCCCACAAGACAACCUGAAACAUUAUUCUUCUGUUUCUUUUCACCCAGUAAUCUCACGGACUAAUGUGGCUUCUACUGCUGAGCCUGAUUCUCCGGCACUGGAUCUACACCGUGGAGGGAUCAUGUUCAACUGUGAGUGCUGUGACUUGUGAUGAAUGUCUGCAGCUCAGUCCUCACUGUGGCUGGUGCACUCAGGAGAAUUUCACAGACUGGGUUUCAAUCUCAUCGCGAUGUGACACUUUGGAUUCCUUGCUAGAAAAGGGAUGCUCAAGGGACCAGGUUCAGUUCCCCGUUUCUGAAAGCCAAAUCCUCCUGGAUCGGCCGCUCGGGAAGAUCACAGACGAUGCCAACAGCACUCAGAUCUCCCCACAAAAAAUGUCCCUCAAGCUGCGACCAGGCAGUGUGGAGACUUUUCAGGUUAAAGUUCAACCCACAGCGGAUUAUCCUGUGGAUAUGUACUACAUGAUGGACCUGUCAGCCUCCUUGAUUGACGAUCUCAAGAUGAUCAAAGACUUGGGCUCAUCUCUGUCCAGAGAGAUGUCCAAACUCACCAGUAACUUUCAAAUGGGCUUCGGCUCUUUCGUGGAAAAGCCCGUCCUUCCCUACAUCAAGAUCACUGAGAAAGAGCUGGCCAACCCCUGCAGUGACUUUGGAAUUUCUUGCCACCCAACAUUUGGCUACAAGCACGUCUUAUCAUUGACAAGUAGAACCAGCAGUUUCAACGAGAUAAUCGCUAAGCAACGUGUGUCUGCUAAUAAUGAUGAUGUGGAAGCUGGCUUUGACGCUAUCAUGCAAGCGGCUGUUUGUGGGGACAGGAUCGGAUGGAGGAAUGAUUCCAUGCGUCUGUUGGUGUUUGUCAGUGACGGGGACUCGCACUUUGGGAUGGACAGUAAAAUGGCCGGGAUUGUGAUUCCUAACGACGGACAGUGUCACUUGGAUGCAAACAAUGAAUAUUCAAUGUCCACAAAGCAGGAGUAUCCGACUCUCGGUCAGCUGAUUGAUAAAGUGGUGGAGAACAACAUCCUCCUAAUAUUUGCAGUGACAGAGAAUCAGAUAAAUAAUUACAAGAACUAUGCAAAUUUCAUACCUGGCGCCACAGUGGGAGUCCUGGCAUCAGAUUCGAGAAACAUCCUGGACGUGAUUGUAACAGCUUACAAGGAGCUGCGUUCAGAGAUUGAACUUGAGGUCCUUGGAGACACAGAGGAACUUCAAAUGUCCUUCGCAACCAUUUGUCCAAAUGGCACGGCCUUUCCUAAUCUGAAGCGGUGCUCCAACAUCAAACCAGGCGAAACGGUUGUGUUCAACGUGUCCGUGGCGCUCUCAGGAUGUCUAUCGGGAGUUCGACGCUUUUCUCUCAAACCGGUGGGCAUACAGGAGAGCUUGGAAGUGGAACUUGAGUCUCUUUGCUCCUGUGAUUGCCACCGGCUUCCUACAGCAAACCGCCAGUGCACAGAAGGCCAGGGGAUUUACCACUGUGGCGUGUGUGUGUGUCAGCCGGGGUUUCUGGGAGCGCAGUGUGAAUGCAAUGACGAGACUGGUUUUUUGAGUAACUGCCUCGCGACCAAUGACUCUGAGAUAUGUAAUGGUCAGGGGGACUGCUACUGCGGCCAGUGUGUGUGUCAUCCAUCCAGCUAUGGCCGGAUCUACGGGACGUACUGCGAGUGUGACAAUUACUCCUGUGUUCGCUUCCGAGGAGAACUCUGCGGAGGUCAUGGAGUGUGUGACUGCGGAAAGUGUCACUGUGAAACCGGCUGGACGGGGGAAUACUGCAACUGCAGCAGCAGCACGGAGGCGUGCAUGUCGGAAAACGGCAGUCUCUGCAGUGGCAGGGGGAAAUGCAAUUGUGGCCAGUGCAUCUGCUCUGUUGCUGGGGCAUCGGGAGAAAAGUGUGAAAGGUGUCCGACAUGCGUAGACUCCUGCACUUAUGCACAGAGCUGUGUGGAGUGUCAUCUACUCGCGAAGGAUGACUUUGGGUUCUGCGAUCAAAACUGCAAUGCUGCUAAACUUUCCAUAAACACAACUGGAGAUUAUGACAAGACCGCUUCCAUGAAAUGCAAGCUCAAAAUGGAGAACGAGUGCAAGGUGUCGUUUUAUCUGACGGAGCGCGAGACGGGACAUGUCAUCUACAAUCUCCACACGUACGGAUGCCCGGAGCCCCCCAACAUCCCUAUGAUUAUUCUGGGGGUCUCCCUUUCUGUUGUGUGUAUUGGUGUGAGUCUACUGGCUGUGUGGAAGGCACUGGUAUCGGUGCAUGACCGAAAAGAGGUGGCAAGGUUUGAGGCUGAGCGGGCAAAAGUAAAAUGGCAGACGGGGACCAACCCUCUGUUCAAAAGUUCAACAUCUACAUUCAAAAAUGUAACUUACAAGAACACACACAGAAAGGACUGUACGAUAAAUCACUACUGAUGACAAACUGGAGGCAGCGAAAGCCGUCGCCUGAGUGCAUUUGAGUGCAGGCGCAAGUCUGUGUGAAUGAAUAUGUGUGAGAAAGAAAUGUUUUUACUAAAAUUUUUGUUGCGUUAAUUCAGAGACGGUGUGAGACAAUGGGGAAACAUGGCAAAUUAACUGCUGUAAAAGUGCACUGCUGUACUGUAAGACACUAAAUGUCAUUGUUUGUGCUCUGACAUGCAGUUUGGUAAUGAGGGAUCUACAUAGCAAGUGGCUGACUACUGAAAAACUGAUUAAUUCAAAUGUAUGUAAAUACUGAGUUGUUUUUAUUUUUUAUUGUACUUGUUGUUUUAAUAUAAAGCAAGGCUGAGCCUUUAAUUAUGCAAA